AUGACUCCCACAAAUGUCUCUGUCUUUACUGAAUUCUACCUGCUGGGAUUUCCAGGACUCUAUCCACAGUAUUAUGGAGCCGUGGGAACCCUUUUGUUCUUUGUAUACCUGACACUAGCUGGAGGAAAUCUCUUUAUUAUUGCAUUUAUUUCUUAUGAGAGAAGCCUUCAGAAACCCACCUACUUAAUCUUCUGUAAUCUUGCAGUAUCCGAUCUUGCUUUUGGGACCGUCACACUUCCUAAAGCCAUUGCAAAAUACUUUUUCAAUAACAGUGAAAUAUCAUUUUAUAGCUGCUUUGUGCAGAUGUUUUUUGUUCACUACUUAGGGAGUAUUAACUCUUUCCUAAUGCUAUUAAUGGCCGUUGAUCGGUUUGUGGCAGUGUGUAAUCCGCUGAGAUACUGUGUCCUUAUUACAAAUAAGACUAUUUUAUUAGUAUGUGCAGCCACUUGGACCAUUUGUAUUUCAUGGCUGACAGUCAUUGUUUAUCAUGCCUUCAAUGAACCCUACUGUGAUUCUAAUGUAAUAACCCAAAAUUACUGUGACCAAAAUUCAAUAAUCAAACUGUCUUGUGGUGACGUUAGGCAGAAAAAGUUUUUUUCAUUUUCAUGUGCCAUGUUUGUUCUUUUGGGGCCUUUGAUUUUCAUUAUUUUUUCUUUUAUUGCUAUCAUCACAUCUGUUUUCAAAAUUUCAGAUGUUCAAGCCCGAUAUAAAACAUUUUCAACUUGCACUCCUCAACUACUUAUCAUUUGUCUGUACUAUCUGCCCAGAUGUGUUGUUUAUGUGCAUGAUGUGACAAUAGCUAUCUCACCUGCCAUUCGAGUUUUGCUAAUCAUGUGGUACAGUCUUCUUCCACCUGUUGUCAAUCCAGUGAUUUACUGCUUUAGAACCAAAGAAAUCAAAGAUGCAUUAAAAAAAAAAUUUAGAAAUAGGAAAGUGAACAUGCAGAUAUGA